UCAGCAUGCGCAUAACCUAAAUAGAACAAAACCAAUCGCUUUAAAGGUAAACAAAAGUUGCGACAAUGAAUGAAAAUUAUCGGUAAUCCAAGGAAACCUUCCCCGAUUCUUCACUAGUCAAAUAUCACUAUGUUCGUUUUAAAGCUAUUAAUCUUUUGGCAUCCGUUACUAUAUUGAGUUAUGUAUGGGAAACAUUUACAGGUGAAGAUAUUUUUGCAAAAAGAAACAAACAUUUUAGACUGCCUUAAUUCACUUCUACUAUGGUCUUUCUAACAUUUUGUUUUAUUCCUCUACUCUUGUUAAAUAAAUGUUACGAAGUUCAUUCUAACUUAGCUGUUCUACAGAAAUCUGUUUCAACUUUAGGUUUCCAUAGAUCAUUAUCAUACAGUGUUGUUGCUCAUAAUGUCUCUGGAACAAUUUGCCUGUUGAUUGAAGAAAACCUACCACCUGACAUUUUUGUUGAUCCCUAUCAACUGGCUAAUGAAUUAAAAAGUGGACUUAUUCAGAUUGAUAAUUCAGAAAGUAUCAACACUGAAUAUCCAGCUCAUAGGGCCAAGGCUUUGAAAUUUAAAGCUCUCUUGAAGUCACAGGAUAAUAUUCAUUACAAGCUCGAUUUGCCAAUUCACUUGCGAUAUCAGAAACCUCACUCCUGUGCUAUAUAUGGUGACAAAGUCUGGAUAAGUCUUGAUCUGUCAAAUGUUUAUUUUAAUGAAGCACCAGCAGGUAUUUCUUCAAAUGGUGUAUGCUCAAUUAAAGCAACUUCUUGGAAACAUCUAGACACAGAGACUCAUGAAGUAAAGCUUGAAUUACCUGUUGGAUGCGUAGAACAUUUCUACAUUGUAUUUGGCAUAACAUUAUGUUUUAUAUUAGUGGGAUCACUAGUAUUUUAUAGCCAACUUUUGAAUAUUGUAACAUGAUCUUGUUUUCUGAAUCAAUAAAAAUUCUUAGUUUUGGAAGAAA